UCAACUAAUAUUGAUUAUGUUGGUUUUAGAAUAUUUUUGGUUAUCAAUAAUACAGCAAUAUAAUAGGUGGUGAAUAAAGUUAUGCUGCGCAUAACAAAACGUUUUGGUUGCAUCAAACACGGUCACGGAAGUAACCUGUAGAAACCUGUUCUUCUCGUGUUGCGUUGCGAGUAGGUACUUGCGAGGCGAGUGUAGGUCUAGGUAGUGGAUGUGUGUCUGUUGUGCAAUGUGCAUCGUCUAUGGCGAGCGGGAAAGCCGGCGUUUUCGAUUUUAUGCAUGAAUCAUAUAUCAUCAAGCAACGUCAAGAAGAUUUCAAGAAUGGAGCCGCCGCCGGUAGACGAGGCGGCAGAGAAAACGAUCUCGGACUAUCUGCGGUCUUGGGGAUUGGAAGCUUACAUUCCAAAAUUUUUGGAAUCCAUUGAUGUGGAGACUCUCCAAAUGUUGUCAGAGGCUGACUUGAAAGACUUAGUGCCAAUUAUUGGACACCGGGCUAAGCUGACGACACAAAUCAAACUUUUGACCAAUAUAAUGUCAAAUGCUUUUGAGAACACUUGUACUAAUACUACUCCGGACUCAAACAACCAAAUAAUGCUGUAUACAGUGGAAGAUUUGCCAGUUGUACAGACAUUACCUGAUGAAAAAUGGAAAUGAUCGAAUUUUAAAUACUAUUAUAGUGUAUGUAGCUAGGUUUGGCUAGUAUAGUGUGCUAGCUCUUUGUCUGAAUUAAUUAUAAGUUCCUACUAAAAUUAAUUGAUUUGAUACUUAAUAAAUAAAUAUAAUUGUAAAAAA